UCCAAAGGAAAAGAGCGGGCGAGGGCCGGUCUCCGUGAGCGCGGGGAGCCGGGAGGCGGCGGGAGAGCCGCGGCGGGAUGGAGGAAGGAAAGGAGAGGAGGAAGAAAGGGGAGAGGAGGGAGAUGGCGGGCUCCUUGUGAGGCGCAGGGAUCCGCAGAGGUUCACGGCGCCUCCUCAGCCGCCUCAGUGGGCGCCGCCCCCGCGCGUCCCUCCGCCGGCGCCAUGGUGGUGCUGAGGCGCAGCGCAGGGAGCCGCCGGCCGCCCCUGGCCGCCAUGGACGUGAGCUCCGAGUUCCUCUCGCUGCAGCCCGGCGGCAGGAGGACGAGCAGGGAGAGAGCAGCCCCGGCCGAUUAUUCUGCUGGCAGUAUUGAAUGUUUCAAUGGACACUGUUUAAGAUCAAUGAGAAAAAGCAUGCUGCGAUGUUCAGGCUCCAGCUUUGAGGAAAGUAUGGCAAUAUUGAGUGAAAAUGUCAACAGAGGACACUUUUCAAGGCAGUUGACAGAGCCGAAAUCAGACAGAAAGAAAGAAUAUAAUGCAGUCACCAGAACGCUGAGGACCAGAGCUGAUGUAAAAUCUGCGAGACAAGUCUGUGGAGAAAACGGGGAUUUGGAGCUGCGCCGAAGCUGCAGAGUUCGACGAAGUCGUUACCCUACUACAAACUCAUCCAUUCUGUUUGACAAACUUAUAACAAAUACUGCAGAAGUUGUGUUGCAAAAAAUUGAUGAAAUGGAGCAGAUCCGUAGAUACCAAAGAAGACGUUGGGAAGACGAGGAAAACCUUGAUAUCUUCACCUGUGUGAAUCCAGACUUUCAAAGAACUGCUAAACCUGGCAGUCCAGAUGAGAUUGUUGUACAGACAUCAGGAGAAAAUGAGAACAAAGAAAAUGAUGGUGAAGAUAUUCCAAAGCGUUACAACCUUCGGCAGAGGAAACCCGCUGAGCGCUAUCAAGCUCCAUUGGAAAUAAAACCAAAAGAACAAGAGAGAACUUACCCGGACCAGCCCCCUUCUGUCAGACAGAAAGAGUCACUUGAAAAUGCUGGGUCACAGAAAUCUUGCUAUAGAGGACGUACCAGACGGAGACGUGCAGCCCCCAGCAGUGAUUCUACAACCUCUUGCUCAUCUCUCUCACUUGGUAGCACAUGUGAUACGGAGGAGAGUGGUGAGAGCAGUGAGGACAACGAGAGCACAUCUUCAAGAAGGACUAUUCCAGUGCAACUUCAGAAACAUGACCUAAAGAGAGUUCAGAGGGAUCAAAAGAAAGUUGGAGGAAGUCAGGGAGAUCCAAUGCAAAUAGAUAGCGCGAUUGGAUUUGAUAACGUGGGUGGUCUUUCAGAACACAUCACAGCUUUGAAAGAGAUGGUGAUUUUUCCCCUACUGUAUCCAGAAGUCUUUGAGAGAUUAAAUAUUCAGCCCCCAAGAGGCUGUUUAUUCUAUGGUCCCCCAGGAACAGGAAAGACACUGGUUGCUCGUGCUCUUGCCAGCGAAUGUAGCCAAGGUGACAGAAAAAUAUCAUUUUUUAUGAGAAAGGCUUCAGACUGCCUGAGAAAAUACGUGGGGGAAUCAGAACGUCAGCUUCGUUCGUUAUUUGAACAGGCCUAUCAGAUGCGACCUUCAAUUAUUUUCUUUGACGAGAUAGAUGGUCUCGCUCCUGUGCGGUCCAGUAAACAAGACCACGUCUAUAGUUCCAUUGUCUCAACUCUUCUGACGCUUAUGGAUGGCAUAGAUAACAGAGGGGAGAUUGUGGUAAUCGGAGCCACCAACAGACUGGAUUCUAUAGAUCCUGCUUUACGAAGACCAGGACGCUUUGACAGAGAGUUCCUCUUCAACUUGCCAAAUAAAGAGGCUAGGAAAGAAAUUUUCAAGAUUCAUACUUGUGACUGGAUCCCUAAGCCAGCGGACAAGUUGCUUGAUGAGCUAGCUGAGAAAUGCAUUGGAUACUGUGGUGCAGAUAUAAAAUCCUUAUGUGCUGAAGCCGCGCUGUGCUGUCUGCGUCGAUGCUAUCCUCAGAUUUAUGCAAGUAGGGAGAAAUUGCAACUGGACGUUAAUUCUAUUAAAAUAAAAGCAAAGGACUUUUUUAUGGCUCUGAAGAAGGUUGUUCCAGCAUCAAACAGGAUUGUGGCUUCACCUGGACAAGCACUACCAUGCAUUUUUAAGCCACUUUUUGAAAAUUCAGUAGCAAAUAUUUUACAAGCCGUGCAGAAGAUCUUCCCGCAUGCACAGCUUGCGCUAAAGAAGGACCGACAGCAAGACAAUUUAAAUCCUGUUUUACAAGAUGAUAUACUUGACAGUGAUGACGACACAUCCUCAGUCUCUGGAGAUGAACUAACAGAUAAAAUGCCUGACAGACCAGAGAAAAAAUACCUCUGUUCCAGCAGGAGUGCUUUCUGCGAACCGACGUCGUGUCGGCCCCAUCUGCUAAUAGCAGGAAAAGCGGGAUAUGGCCAGGUUUCUUACUUGGCACCCGCGGUGUUGCACGCUUUGGAGAAGUUUCCCGUUCACACCCUGGACCUAUCCAAUCUGUUUACAAACGUUGCGCCGCCAGAAGAAAUAUGCGGACAGCUGAUCCGAAAUGCUCAGAAGACAGCACCAAGCAUAAUUUAUGUCCCAGAUAUCCAUUUGUGGUGGGACAACGUUGGGCCUGCCUUGAAACUUACUUUUCUAACUCUGCUGCAGAACAUUCCAGCAUUUUCUCCAGUUUUGCUGCUUGCUACAUCUGAUGUGUGUCACUCAGAUCUCCCAGAAGAGAUCCAAAAAUUAUUUAUUAAGGAAUUUGGAGAAGUUUGCAAUAUCAAGUUGCCUGGUAAGGAAGAGAGAGCAAAUUUUUUUGAGGACAUAAUUCUAAAUCAAACUGCUAGGCCUCCUGUAAAGAAAGCAGUUCGUCAGACAUUUGAAGUCCUGCCUGUAGCAUCAUCACCUGAGCCUCAGGAGCCACCAGAGGAAGAAGUAGGGCUGCUGGAGGAGGAAGAGGAGGAUACCUUGCGUGAACUUAGAAUUUUCUUGAGGGAUGUUACUCAGAAACUUGCCACUGACAGACGUUUCAAGGAAUUUACAAAGCCCGUUGACCCAGCGAAGGUACCUGAUUAUGCAACAAGGAUUAAAGAGCCGAUGGAUCUUUCAACAGUUCUGACUAAAAUUGACUCGCGCCAGUACCUAACUGCAGGAGACUUUCUGAAGGACAUCGAUCUAAUCUGUAACAAUGCCUUAAAAUACCACCCAGAUCAAAGACGUGCAGAUCGUCACAGAGCCUAUGCUUUGCAAGACACUGCAUAUUCUAUGGUGAGGAACGAAAUGGAUGCAGAGUUUCGCCAACUUUGUGAAGAAAUUAAAGAAUCUCGUGAGAAAAGAGGUCGCACCUCUCCAGCGCGUGCUCCAUGUAACGACUCCAAGCCACCACAGCAAAACCCUGCGACUGAAUACAACAAACCAGAUCGAGAGAGUAAUGAAAAUGCAAAGACGACAGCGGUACCCGUAGAUGCCAGUACACCCCUUUCUAAUGGUGCAUCAGAGAGAAAGCGCAGAAGGAGCAAAUCUAAAUAUGCUGCAGCAAAGAGAAGAAAGAGUUUUCAAUUCGAUAAAGAAAAUAGAGUACCAACAGAUGACCAAACCGAUAGCAGUGAAGAAGAGUUUCUGGAAAAACGUGUUUCUGGCAUAUAUCAAGCUGAACUUAAUGCUGAAAAGGAAAGUGCUAAGCUUCCUGAAUAUUCAACACUAAGAUGGGAAACUCUAGCUUCUGAAAAGCAAAGUUCAAAUGAUCCUUGGACACUUCAAAUGACUCCUACUGGAUGUUCUUGGGUAGAACGGAAACAGAUGAGUGUUGAGAAAAAUGUGGAAGUUUCUCCAGAGCCAGACCACGCAGUUAUUGUGGAUCGCUAUGAGCUCAAAAAACUGCUCCACGCUGUCGUUGAGCUAACUAAGGGAUUUGACAUAUUUUACUUGGAAAAAGUAUAUGGCAUCAUUAAUCAGUGUAUUUACAAACACCGGGAAGACUAUGACAAAACCAAUUUGGUGGAGGAAAUUAAGAAAGAAAUCGCAGUCUUCCAAUCUUACAAGUAAUGUGAUCCUCAGCAUACUUGGUUUCUACGCUCCAAAGGUUUUUGUUGCACGCUGUUCUGUUAUUUGUGUACAAUUUAGUAAAGAGUAUCAUAUACAGGUAUAUAAAAUUUCAUAUAUAGGUAUUUAAAAUAAAUUUAUCUUAAAACAAAUUUAAGUGUUUUUAUUUGAUAUUUUUGUCCUAUAUAUAUAGCUCUCUAUUUAUGAUGCUAUGUAUAUAUAUAUACAUGUAUAUGUGUAUGUAUAUAGCAUGAUAAAUAGCAAGCUUGCACAGAAGGAAUGGAAUAUACACAGUCUCUUGAGAUCACUGGGUAUAGUUUUCAUUUCCAUUACGCAACACCUUAGUUUUCUGUCUUCUUUUUAUCGGAGCUACUGCUGACAGUGCCUUUGUAACAGUGUAGAUUUGAACAUCUUUCAGAUACUUCCAGUACCUCUCUUUAAAAGAAAAUGACUGAAAACUUGAUAAACUUUUAACAUACUUUGUCAGCUAUUCAGAAUGUAUUUUUCUGAAGUAAUCUGUAGUGCUCUUUAUUCCACUGGACAUUACAUAAAGGUCUUAAAACAACCUAUAUAUGAAAUGCAAAUCCUUCAGAAACCUCUUGCUGCAGUUUAGUGCAGGAGGUAUUUUUAUGUCCUUUAGAAACCUGUAAACCUCCUUUACCUUAGUGCAGGAGGUAUUUUUUUUUUUUUAUAAUUUACUGAUAGCACCUUAAGGGGCUUUCAUAGUAUUAACACCCUAGAGAAACUUUCAUAGAAUUAACACCCUAGAGAAAGUAUGUGGGAGAAACACUUUCCACAAACAUAAGAUUUUUGCCUAUUAAAAGUAAACGACACAAAUAGAAGCAAAGCAAGAUUUGCUUAUUGAAACUUUCUAAUGCAAAGCGUAGUCUUGCUUCUAACAAUGACAAUCUUACUGAUACCAGAGAAUACCAAUUCAGUAUGAAAAGCUAGUUACAAGAAAGCCUUGUAGUUGAAUAAAUUUUCUACUGACCUGGAGAUAAUUAUAUUUGUUUAUUUCAUAAAAAUGAAUAUGUUGCUGGUGAUAAAUAUAUUUAAGUAAACGGAAAGCAAUAUUGAAGAUGGAUACCUCUUCAAACCAGCAGAGAAAAAUUUCUCUAUGAAUUUGACAGACUUUUAAGUUAAGGAUAAGGCAGGAAAGGUUUAUUUUUUCGAAAAUAAAAUUCUAUAUCAGCUGUGCUCAAAUAUGCAGCAGGAUAUGUUGCUGUUAUGUCACAUCUCGUACACAACACCUAGUGAUACCGAAUACCUAACUGUGCAAUCCCUGCGUCUGUUUUUCUUACGUAUGUUUCAGUUUUCUUAAUAUGCGGCUUUCUAGCAUGUGUCCAAAUAUCUGUGUACUAUGAAGAAUUUUUUCUUUCAUCUGUGGUGUUUGGAUAUGUAUCUGUAAAAAGUGAGCCACCAUUUGUUUUUGUUGUUGUUGUCGUUUUUUAAUCUUACACUUAAAAUGGUAUCAACUUUAAAAAAAGUUUGUGAUCAGCUUACCCCAUUCUUGUCUUCUUGGUUAUAUGUCAAAAGCAAACACAGGAGGAAGAAAAAUAUAUAUUGAAAAUUUACAUUUUAAUGUAUUAUUACAUUGAAAACAUAAUAAAGGAGUCAACCUCAUUUUUCCCU